AAUCCUGUAUGUUUCAGACUGCAUCUGCUAUUGUAUCAGAAAACAUUUGUGGGCAUAAACUUGAAAUAAUUUGUGAUCCAAAGCUUCGAGAAAGAAAAUAUGGAAUUGUUGAAGGAAAACCAUUAAGCGAAUUAAGAGCAUUGGCAAAAGCUGCAGGGCAGAGGUGCCCUGCUUUUACUCCUCCAGGAGCAGAGACUGUGGACGAAGUUCAGGCUCGAGCAAAGGAGUUUUUCAAUUAUUUAUGUAACCACCUUAUGCAACGUGCAGAGAAAGGCAACACUGUACCAGAUCGUAUUGAUACCGUGGCUGAAUAUUCUGGAGACUUGCACAGUUCACUCAAACAUCUCAACAGUGUGGAUUCCAGCAGUUGUGACAUAAAUAAUAGCAUUUCGCACAAGGCUGAAGAUCUGAUAGCCACGGUACUCAUCGUCAGUCAUGGUGGAUUUAUGCUACAGUGGGUUAGCUAUUUUGUCAAGGAUCUGAAAUGUCCUUUACCAGUAUCUUUUGACCAGUCCAAGGCCUUUUCUGUCUGUCCAAAUGCAGGAAUAAGCAGUUUUGUUGUCACUUUUGAUCAGAUUGCCGACUCUUCUCCUCAGAUAGUUUGUGAUUAUCUGUACGAUUGUAGCCACCUUGAAGACAUUGGUGUUUGACAGGAUGUAUUUUUAGUCUGAGCCCUCAGUGAUAAUUUAUUUUUUUUCAGGCACUUUAGUUGUAAAAUUAUUUGCCAAUAUACAGAUUCGGUUUGGAUUAAAUCCAUAUUAACUUGUUUAGGACAAAUGCACAAUAGAGCAGAUGCUGGAAAUCUGAAUAUGCUGGCCACACUCAACAAGUCAGGCAGCACCUGUGGAGAGUGAACAAAAAUCUUUCAGAUUUGAAUUUUUUUUUAUCCUCAGACCUUGAAUUUAAAACUAAAAAUAUAUAGCAGAUUCUAAGCAAGUACAAUGGCAGAAAGUGGGAUGUAGGAAAGAAUAAAAGGUAUGAGUUCUGAGAGGGAGGAUGGUGGGAAAGAUUAAAUGCCUUAAGGCAUGAUUGUGCAAGAUAAAAGGAAAUGGUACAGGCCAAGUAAAGAAACAAGAAUCUAGAGGUAACGUAAUUGUGAGUAGCAGAAUUGUCAUUAGCUGCAAUUUGAAAAUAAGGUUGCGUUUCCUGCUUUUCCAGUGCUGACAAAAGGUCAUCUGGAUAAAUCUUAACUUUUCCUGUCUGCACAGAUGCUUCCUGACCUGCUUAAUAUUCCCAGCAUUUCUCUCAUUUUAGCCUUUUUUAAAUUUUUACUCUGGUAUAUUAAAAUAGUGCAACAAAACUUUAAUUUAUUUUCUAAAAUAAAUUAUUGAUAUUUUCUUUCAUAUUGCAUCAAUUAAAAAUAUUCUCCACCUGCUUUAAUGGCUAAAAAUAUUGUAUCACGCAUUGUCAUUUAAUUUCCUGACUGAGGGAAUGUAUUCUUAAUUGUUUGUUUGAAGACUACAGCUACUGGUUAACUCUGUGAUAAAUUCGGCACAGUGGAAGAGUCCUGUACAAAAAUGCUGUAGUUAUUGUGUGCAAUGUUUAAAAACUAGUAGUACAUAAUAAGACUUGUAUGCCAGUGACAUUACUAAGCAUAUAAUUGAAAGAUUUUAAGCACCUUGAGAGGGGCUGUCACCACUGAUGGAAAACUUGAACAUAUAGCUGCAUCAAGCUGUUUACCUUGUGCUAUGUUAAUAUAAAAUGAAUACAUUUGUUACAAAUGAAUAUUUGAUUAAACUGAGAUUGAUCAAUAAAACUUCAGAUAUUUAUGUAUGUUACAAUGGAGAGAAGAAUAAAAUACAGUGUGUCAUA